GUGUGUGUAUUUGUAUGUGUGGAGCCCACAGGACUGUUUUUUUUUUUUUUUUUUUUUGGAAAACGCUUCCUAACUCCGCAUACCUGGCUGACUGACAGGGGUUUCAUCUGUAGUGACGUUGCAGAGGCUUAAUUGUGGUUUGGUGAGUUUUGAGAAUGCAGUGGAACAUGUGUUUCUAAAGUCCUCACGACCUUUACAGGAUGAUACUUUUGCGCCAUCGGAAGAGGCUUGUGCUCUGCAUCCUGCUUUUGUUUCUUGUGGCUGGAAUCUACCUCCUGAUCAUAGAUCAUGGUCUUCAGAGCAGAUUACAGGACUUUUGGCAUCUGUGGUCUUCUGCUCUCUUUAAUGUGGGGAAGAUAAAAGACCAACUCAAUCAGGUGAUCAACAUUUCGAAUUCUCAAGUGGAACCUGUAAAACCAGAUGCACUCUCAGAACUGGAAUUCUUGGGAGAUGAAUAUGCAGCUGAUAAUAAUACAAUACAAACUAGCUGUCCCCGAAGCAUCCGGAAAAAUAUGUUGGAAACUGACUUUGCUGACAGAUACCUGCCAAGUGUGCCAGUCCUGCAGUGGGCAAAGCACUUCUCGAAGGUUGAAUAUGAGCGGUUAUCCCGCUACCGUGGUGCCCAUGGAUGGGGUAGUGUUAAUAUUGAUGUUUUGAAUGAAUCUCUGGCUAUCUUAAACACUUCUGCCAACCAGCUCAUGUUUGAUGACUGGGAGAAGAGAAAGAACCAGUCGAAGUGUAUCCGUUGUGCUGUGGUUGGAAAUGGGGGAAUUUUGAGUGGGUCAAAGAAAGGCCGGGAGAUUGACCAGAAUGACUAUGUGUUCAGGACAAAUGGUGCAAUUAUUCAAGGGUUUGAGGAGGAUGUUGGCUCACGUACCUCUUUCUACACCUUCUCCACUAACACUCUUCGGAACUCUUUGAGAAGCUAUGGACGUGCAGGCUAUAAACGCACUCCCCAGGAAAUGGAAACCAGGUACAUUUUCCUGCCUGAUCAUGACCGGGACUAUAUUCUCAUGAGAGCUGCGUCCUUGCACCUACCAAUCCCGAAAGGGAAAGAUCGAAGUUCCAAGCCUCCCACAUAUUUUGGAUCUGAUGUUACUGUAGAAAAGUUUAAAAUGUACCACCCAGACUUCGUCCGUUACAUCAGGAACAGAUUUCUGCAUUCAGGCAGGCUAAAAAGCAGACAUAAAAAUAUCUACAGGCCGUCUACAGGAGCUGUUAUGCUGCUGGCUGCUCUUCAUACAUGUGACGAGGUAAAUGCCUACGGAUUUAUGACGCCAGACUUCAGCAAAUACUCGGACCAUUAUUACGACAAAAUACCCCGGCGGGUGCGUUUCUUUGCCAACCAUGACCUGCGACUGGAGUUGAAACUGUGGCAGAAUCUGCACAAGGCAGGACUAAUAAAUCUAUAUAUGCGAACAUGACUUCGAUUUGAAUGAGACAAAUUUGACUUUAUAGCAUCUGACUCCUUGUAGGACUUGAAGUGAUCUAUCGUUGAAAAAAUGCUGUGAUCUUUUGCAUUGUUAAAGAAAGGGUACAAUGAAGUUGUAAAAUUACAUUUGUGAUUCCUUUGUAAAAAAUAAUUAAUUUAUAUGCUUGUUAAAUACUUUUAAUAGUUACAUGCUUUUUGUUUAAAAACUG